AUGCGUGCAUCGGAGCUGGUUCUCAGAACCCUGGGUGAAUUUCUGGACAAAGAGUCCAAGUGCUAUACACUCGAAGUAUCCUUCUUCUGCUACCAGGACCCAGAAACCACCGAAAAUAUCAUAUAUACAAUUGACAAAUACAAAGAGCUUGGCAAGAACCUCAUCUCGGCCUUGACAGACUACUACAAGCUCCAAAGCUACAGCAAGCGGGAAACAUCAGCAAGAACUAUAGCGCAGUAA